GUCCACUCAAACAAUAUUUUGACAAUAACCAACAUGCAUGAUGAGUUUGGUCACUGUCCUCAUACUCUUGUUAGUAUCAUCUUCAUCCUUAGAACUAACUAAUUCACUCUCGGUUAAAUCCAUACAUGAUCACCUAAUAUCUUCUAAUGGCCGCGUCUUCACGGUUCAUCUCAUCCACCGCGACUCACCACUCUCUCCCUACUACAAUCCCACCAUAACACCACAAGAGCACCCAAGGAGAGCACCCUUACGCUCAACCUCACGCGGCCACCACAAUAACAUUCACCCAUCCUCCUCCUCCUCGUAUUUAAUCCCUAAUGGUGGGGAUUACCUCAUAAAACUCGCCAUUGGCACCCCAAAGGUUGAAAUCAUAGCCGUGGCAGAUACUGGGAGCGACCUCAUAUGGGUACAAUGUUCACCUUGUAACACUUGCAUUCAAACAAAAUCUCAACCCUUUAUACCAAAGAAAUCCUCCUCGUUUCAUCCAAUCCCUUGUACUUCUCCUUCUUGCAACUAUCCACACAUUAUUCAAGGUUGCCUCCCUAAUAACACCAACAAGAGCUCAUCAUCAUCAUCAUCAUCAUCAUCAUCAUCAUCAUCAUCAUCAUCAUCAUCAUCAUCAUCAUCAUGUUUCUAUGAGGCUCUAUAUGGAGAUGGAACACAAAGUGUCGGCGUCCUAGCCAAGGAAACCAUUAGCUUACCUUCACCAAGUCAACCGUCCACCAUUAUUUUUGGGUGUGGGUUUUACCAGCGAGGCCAAGUUGGCAUCCAAGGAGAAGGGGUCGUUGGACUAGGGGCGGGCUCAUUGUCCCUAGUCUCGCAACUUGGUGCAUACAUUAACUACAAAUUCUCCUACUGCUUGGCACCCCUAGCUUCCGGGGUCCCUAGCAAACUAACCUUUGGGGCUCAUGUAACGAGCCCAAAAGUAGUAUCAACGCCCUUAACAACAGGACAUCAUUCAACAUUUUACUACCUUACACUCAAUGGCAUUAGCAUAGGGGAUAACAAUUCCUCAGUCCCUGUAGGCCAAGACAUAAUCAUCGACUCUGGUACCACCUUAACGUACCUACCACUUACCAUCUAUGAAGGCGUUAAGACUGCUUUGAGUACCGCGAUUAUGCUAACUCCGGUGCCUGAUCCGUUGCAAUUAUACGACCUUUGCUAUGAGACACAACCAUCACAAUCGACUGGCCGUAGCAGCCUUAAUGCUCCUGAUGUAGUGUUCCAUUUCAAAGGGGCUGAUAUUGUGUUAAAGGAAAUUAACACCUUCAUGACACUUAUAGGUCAAGGUUUAACAUGUUUGGCAAUGUCUUCUAUAGAAGGUACCCCUGUCUUUGGAAAUAUUGCGCAAGUUAAUUUUGAGGUUGGUUAUGAUUUACAUUCAAAGAAGGUUUCCUUUGCUCCAGCAGAUUGUACCAAGCACUGGAUGUCUAGAUCUCAUGGGCUAGAUUGGGCCAGAAGUGGCCCUUAAAAAAAAUCAACAUGGGCUUAUGGCCCUACUUUAAUUCCGCCUAAACUAGUGUAAGAUUGUCUCAUACUAGGCUAGAAGGAAGUAAUAUGAACCGCCACCAAUAAUCAUGUCAAGUGCAUGCAUUACCCAAAGGCCAUCUACAAGACAAUGGAAUUUGAGUUUUCCAAGUUUGUAG